AUGAACAAAGCGCAGUCAAAGCUAUUGAAGAUCGUUAUCUUUCUCUUUGCUCUUAACGCCCUCUCUCUUUGGCUCUACUUUUCCUCUAACCACCAUAACUCUAACAACAAACAAACGGAAUACCACUCUUCUCAAACAUCAAACCACCGUUCGGGAACGGAAAACAACAAUAACAGUAAUUUCCAUCUAAAAGCUUGGCCAAUACUGCCUUCUUACCUCCCUUGGACUCAAAACCCUAACAAAGUCACCUUCCGUUCAUGCGAAGCCUACUUCGGAAACGGCUUUAGCCGCCGCAUCGACGUAUACUCGAGCGGCGGAUGGUUCAGGUGCUAUUACAGCGAGACAUUAAGGAGCUCGAUAUGCGAGGGAGGGAGUGUACGGAUGGUUCCGGAGAGGAUUAAAAUGUCGAGCGGAGGUGAGAGGAUCGAGGACGUUAUUGGUAGAAGUGAGGAGGAGGAGUUGCCUGAUUUCGAAAGCGGUGCGUUUGAGAUUCUUGGAUUUGAAAGGAGAUCGAAAUGGCUUGUUGAUGAAGGUUUUUUAGAUGCGUAUGUUCCUGAUGGGGGUAUAAUGCGGCACACCAUGCGUGGGUUGAUCCGAUCCAUUCGGGUUGUGGAUAAUAAUAGUAAGAAGUUUCAUUGCGAUCAGUGGAUUGAGGAGCCAACCCUUUUGGUCACCAGAUUUGAGUAUGCAAAUCUUUUUCACACUGUCACAGAUUGGUACAAUGCAUAUGUUGCGUCCAGAGUCACCGACUUGCCUUAUCGACCUCACGUGAUUUUUGUGGAUGGCCACUCUAGAACACCCUUGGAAGAAACAUGGAAAGCAUUGUUUUCAAGUCUUAGAUAUGCUAAGGACUUUAGUGGCUCAGUGUGUCUUCGGCAUGCUAUUCUUGUCCCUUUGGGAUACGAGACUGCACUCUUUAGGGGACUGAGUCAAGAGAUAAAUUGUCAGGGAGCAUCAGCGCAUGAUCUUUGGCAAAAUCCCGAUGAUAAAAAAACUGCUCGAUUGUCAGAGUUUGGAGAGAUGAUCAGAGCAGCAUUUGACUUCCCUAUCAAUAGACACAGAGCUGAAAAGCCAUUUUCUGGGCAUGAUGUCCUCUUUGUCAGACGUGAAGAUUAUUUAGCCCAUCCGCGCCAUGGUGGUAAAGUUGAAUCAAGGCUUAGUAAUGAACAAGAAGUUUUUGAUUCAUUGCAGACCUGGGUAUCUAACCACUUGGAGUGCAAAGUGAAUCUUAUCAAUGGACUUUUUGCACAUAUGCCUAUGAAGGAACAAGUCCGAGCCGUUCAAGACGCUUCAGUUAUUAUUGGUGCUCAUGGCGCAGGUCUCACUCACAUAGUAUCUGCAACACCAAAAACAAUAAUUCUGGAGAUUAUUAGUAGCUACUUCAGACGCCCACAUUUUCAAUUGAUUGCUAAGUGGAAAGGGUUAGAGUAUCAUGCUAUCUAUCUUGAUGGAUCAUAUGCAAAUCCAUCAAUUGUCUUAGACAGGUUUAGCAGGAUAAUGAAAGCAAAUGAAAAGGGAAAGGUUAAAAAGAAGGGAAAUAUAAAGCACGAGAGAGCACGGAAGUGUGGGAUGGAUGAUUUGGACAGGUUAAUGAGAUCCGUUAGUAAUUUUCAAUGGUCAAAAGUGUUUUGCCGUGUCAAGUACUCAUGUAAGAAUUUAAUGGCGAUUCCAGCAUAUAUUUCUGAGUGA